UAUACACUCAACACAAGAAACAAGCCUCUCUUUCAUAACCCCACUUUCCCUCGAUACCUCCAAAAAGCCUAUAACAUUUUUCCUUCUUUUCAUCACAUGACUCUCUUCUCUCUCUCUCUCAUAUAAUUCAAUUGAUCUUCACGAACGAGAAAUAGAGAGAGAAUUGAUGAAUCCAUUCAUAAUCCAAAUUCCAAAAUCCUCCAAAAUGUUCCUCUGACAUUCUUAUCAGAGGUUGUUUUGUCAAUUUCUCCCUCGGAUCACUUUUGAUUCUCUCUACUGCACUUUCCCUACUGUUUUUGUCCAGUUUCGUCCACCGAUCAUGCUCCACAGUUGUAAUCUACCAGCCCCUCUUCUACCACACAAUAACAAACCCAAUAAUUCUUCAUCUUCUUCUGCCAUGAAUUCCGGAAAACGCGCCACCGUUGACCUUGCCUCCGAAGCCGAGGAUUCCGUCAAACGCCGCCGAUCCCAGCUCCCUGCUGCCGUGGACCUUUCUGUUUCCGGCGAAAAGGAACAUGAGUACGAGGAGGAGCAGUUAGGGGCUUCUAUUAUUGAACAAGAGGAUUCAACUGGGCUUCGCCUUCUGGGUCUGCUUUUACAAUGUGCAGAGUGUGUUGCGAUGGACAACCUCGACGACGCCGGCCAACUUCUGCCGGAGAUAGCUGAGCUUUCUUCUCCCUUCGGCUCAUCAGCCCAACGCGUCGGGGCGUAUUUUGCCGACGCGUUGUCGUCUCGAAUUAUCAGCUCCUACUUGGGUACCUACUCGCCUCUCACCACACUCUACAAAACCCACCAACAAAAGCUCCUCAAUGCCCUCCAAAUCUACAAUUCCAUCACCCCUUUGAUCAAAUUUUCACAUUUCACAGCCAAUCAAGCCAUCCAACAGGCAUUGGAUGGCGUAGAUCAUGUCCAUGUAAUCGACCUUGACAUCAUGCAGGGACUCCAGUGGCCUGGAUUGUUUCACAUCCUGGCUUCCAGAUCCCGGAAAAUCAAGUCGAUUAGAAUUACCGGGCUUGGACAGUCCAUGGAUCUUCUGAACUCAACUGGUCAAAGAUUGGCAGAAUUUGCCAGUGCCCUUAACAUCCCUUUUCAGUUCCAGCCGCUGGAAGGGAAAAUUGGGAGCGUAAAGGAUCUUAAUCAGCUCGGAAUCAAGUUGGGCGAAACUGUAGUUGUUCACUGGAUGCACCAUUGCCUUUAUGACAUAACCGGUAGUGAUGUGGUAACAUUGAGGUUAUUGAGUUUGUUGAGGCCGAAAUUGAUCACGAUCGUUGAACAGGAUUUGAGUCACGGGGGCAGUUUCCUAGGGAGAUUCGUCGAGGCCUUGCAUUAUUAUUCGGCAUUGUUCGAUGCUUUAGGGGAUGGAUUGGGUGCAGAUAGCAUAGAGAGGCAUACGGUGGAGCAGCAGUUGUUUGGGUGUGAGAUUAGGAACAUUGUCGCGGUGGGUGGGCCCAAGCGCACGGGGGAAGUUAAGGUGGAAAGAUGGGGGGACGAGUUGACUCGGGUAGGGUUCCGGCCAGUUUCCCUUGCGGGUAACCCAGCGGCCCAAGCUAGCUUGUUAUUGGGGAUGUUCCCAUGGCAAGGGUAUACAUUAGUGGAGGAGAGUGGAUGGUUGAAAUUGGGAUGGAAGGAUUUGUCAUUGUUGACUGCCUCGGCUUGGCAAUUUUCUGACUAGGUUAUUUUUACAUCCCCAUGUCCUCGAUGUGGUGACAUGAGGUGAAAAAAGGAAAGAGAGGGAUGAGGUUUCUAUUUAUCACUUUAUUGUGAUAUAUCAUGAUGAUCCGUUGUUGAGUUAGUCCGUGCCUAAAAAGGGCCUAUAAUGGGAUCUAGAAAUGACAUCCGAAGUGAAGUUCUCUUGUUCACUUUUCUUUUCCUCUCGAAUACAAAUUAUGAUACGUUUUAUUUGUUUA